UUCAACUGCUGAGCCGAAUUGAGUAAACAAAAUUUACUAUCGAAAGUGGAAUUUUUUUAUGAAAAUUUAUAAAAAUGGAAGAUUUAAUGAAAAUAGAUUUGUAUGAGUUGUUGAAUAUAAGUGUUAAAGCGGAAGAAAAAGAGAUUAAAAAGGCUUACAGAAAAAAGGCCUUGACAUGCCAUCCAGAUAAAAAUCCUGACAAUCCUAAAGCAGCUGAGCUUUUUCAACAGUUAUCUAAAGCAUUAGAAAUAUUGACUGACAAAGCUGCUAGAGCUGCCUAUGAUAAAGUUUUAAAUGCAAGGAAAGCUGCUCAGAUACGACACAGAGAACUAGACAGCAAAAGAAAGAAACUGAAAGAAGAUUUGGAAGCCAGAGAGAAAGCAGCAUCAACUCAAGAAUUUGAUGAAAAGGAUUCCGCUGAAACCCUCGAAAAAGAAAUUGAGAGGUUAAGACGAGAAGGCUCAAAAUUAGUUGAAGAAGAAAAAGAGCGCUUAAAGCAAGAAAUUCUAAAAGAAAACUCAGGUGCUACUCCUUCUCAUAAUAAAUCUCAGAAUGAAGUUAUGCCUCGACUAAAAGUGAGGUGGAAAAGUCACAAAAGUGAUGAGACAAAUGGCGGAUAUAAUCAAGAGGCUUUAGAAAAUUUAUUUAAAAAAUAUGGCCAAGUUUUAUGCCUUGUAUCAUCAAAGAAAAACGGGAGUGCUAUUUUAGAAUUCACUUCUUCAACAGCAGCACAACUAGCAUUUGAAUCGGAGAAAGGUGAUCCCAAAAAUCCUCUUACCCUUUCUUGGAUUUGUGGCCAACCUGAGCUACCGAAUAAUUCCCGCUUUACAAGCCAGCCCACUGUAAAAGGACCUGCUCCUGAACCUGGAAAAGACAGUGCUUUGACAUCCAGAGAUUAUGAAAGCUUAGUUCUAAUGAAACUUCGCCAAGCUGAAGAGCGCAAAAAACUCAUUCAACAGAUGAUGGAAGAAGAUGAUUAAGUCUGUUAAAUAUGCUUUUGUUCAAGAACAUUCGUUUCAUUCAUUUGUAUAAAUAUUUUCAAUGUUUCAUUCAUUAAAUAGCAAUGCAUCAUUGGAUUUUCCACAUUUUUAAAUGUAAAAAAAUUUUAAAGCUAGAUACUAUUGAUUUUGUUUAAAUAUUCAGUUUAUAUGCAUACCUUUAGUUAAUUAAGGCUUUUUUUCCCCUUUCUAAAUAUUUAAGUGGAAUAAUGUACUUUUAACAAGGAGCUAUACAGUAAAACAGAGUAUUGUGAUCAAACUAAAAACUUUGAAUAAGUAUUAUCAGUUAUAAGGCCAGUAAAGACCAAAUAGCAUUAAUGAUAAUUUAUUAAAAUUGUAAACUGAACGUUCUG